ACUACUUAAAGAAACAUCAAACACUACUCUUUACUCUCUCAACCAGCAGUGACUGAUCAAGAAUGGAUAUUUUUCGAAGCUAUUAUUCGGACCCACUUACUGACUCAUCAUCAACAUCUGAUACCAGCAGCUCCCCUAGUAGAGCUAAUCUUACUGAAUAUUCGUCAGUUAUGUUAGCUUCAAAAAACCCCAAGAAGCCAUCGGGGAGAAAGAAGUUUCAGGAAACUCGUCAUCCAGUAUGUAGGGGAGUCAGGAAGAGGAAUUCAGGCAAGUGGGUUUGUGAAGUCAGAGAACCUAAUUCAAAAUCAAGGAUUUGGCUCGGCACUUACCCAACCGUGGAAAUGGCGGCUAGAGCUCAUGACGUGGCGGCUUUAGCAUUAAGGGGUCCUUCUGCUUGCUUGAACUUUGCCGACUCUACUUGGAGGUUGCCUAUCCCCGCUUCCGCCGACUCCAAGGAUAUUCGAGAAAGGCGGUACGAGAGCCAAAGUUGGCAGACCAUUGGAAGGAAUUUCGGGGAGAAUCUUGCAGAUACUCUCUGGCGCGAGCACGCAUUUCGGAGAAUCGACAAUACUCGUGAAAUGUCCGAGAGUAAAUUUUUUAUGAAUGAGGAAGCACUGGAGAGUAGGUUCUUUAUGGAUGAGGAAGCGCUCUUCUACAUGCCCGGAUUAAUUACUAAUAUGGCGGAAGGACUAAUGCUACCUCCACCUCAAUGUGCAGAAGUUGGAGAUCAUGUGGAAGUUGAUAGUUACAUGCCUCUAUGGAGUUAUUCUUUCUAAAUAGUUUUGGUAUUCUAUCUUCCCUAUUAAGUACAGUUUCUUAAAUUAGGAUUUAGGAGAUUUUAGUGAUUUCCGUACUCAAUAUUUGGAUGGUACGGAUGUACACUAGUAUUGUAAUUUAGUAACUUUUGUGUAUAUUAAUAGAGUUGAAAAUAUAUUAAAAUGGUUAUUGAAAGUA